ACGCUCGCAACACACACAAACGCGCGCAAUGCCGGCAUAAACGUGAUCCAAGAGUGGCGCACGGAUCACGCGCGCAGGUGGAAGACGGCAUGACAGACGGCAACUAUUGCGCUCCUUUGUCUUGCAAACUUUACUAAGUUUUUUUUCCUGUGCUUUUUAUUUAUUUUUUUAUUAUUUUUAUUUUUAAAUAACCACAAUGGCAAACCGGGAUGGAAAGAGCUCCACUGCCUCUUCCGGACAGGAGUGAAGCCCCCCCAAGAAAGAAUGAAGUAACCGCUAUGGAGCCAGACAAUGCCCCGCACUCCGAACUCAAAGGAGCCGGGGGGAGAGUCCUGAUUCUUUGGACCAUUCUCUGGUGUACCUGCUCUCUCACACUGGCUCAAAGCAUUUCCAGCACAAAGACAAAUGUAGACAUUCUGCAGCAUUUGGGUCUCUCUGGGCAAAGGGCAGGCACCUCAGCAUCUUGGAGCGCUGGACCCAUCCCAGAUGGCGUCAUCCCAUUCAAGUCUGGUGUUAUUCUCACUCCGAGAGCCCGCAUCCAGGUGCCUCUGGGCCCUGUCAUCCCGGCUUCCUACACCACCACCAAUCUCUCCCUUAUCCUCAGCCUGUCCGUUCACCGCGUCAACAAUGCCUUUCUUUUCUCGAUUGUCUCCAAGAGGGGCAAAGGGCAGCUCGGUGUCCAGUUUACACCGGGCAAGGUCCAUGUUUACGCGGGCCACAGAAACUCUGUUGCAUUUGACUAUGAUCUUUAUGAUGGGCAGUGGCACAGUCUGGCCUUGGAAAUCCGAGGCCACCGGGUGUUCUUGCACACAUUGUGCGGGAACAAUACCCAGCAUGCAGAUUUGCGUGCCAAAAAAAUGAACAUGUUUGAUCCGGAGGGCUCGUUCCUUCUCGGGAAUACGAACCGCAACGCGGUGCCAUUUGAAGGCGCCAUCUGCCAGUUCGACAUCUACCCAUCAUCAGUGGCAGCUCAUAACUAUUGUAAUUACAUUAAGAAACAUUGCAGAGAAGCCGACACAUAUCGGUCCGUUUUUGCACCCUUGCUACCUCUAAUUUCCAUCGAUCCAAACAUGACUCAUACAACGGCACUGGCAUUAACUCCGUUAUCCCAGGAGACCCCAAAACCUACUUCAUUCUCAGCAGUGGAAUCUUUUUUUGUUCCAAGUGAUCAUUUGCUGAUUGAGAAAGGCCCGUUUAUGUAUUGGACUCCUAAACCAACUGUUGCUGCUGCAUUUGUCAGUGAAGCGGACCAUCCAGUGUUGGAGACACCAAUUCGAACUGUGACCACAUCCUUCUGGACCAGUGCGACGCCACCAAUUUUGCAAACAGGUGACAACACAAAGCAAAGUGAUGUCAACUCCCGUGUUGGACAUGGAAUUACGGAUUUACCAACCUCUGCAAGACCCCUAGGGACUCGACUUCAGACCACGAUCGAUUACAUACAGGCAUCCCCCUCAACAUCAUUUUUUCUACAGAACGAGCAACUGUCCACCGUUGCACCAAGGAAACCCGAGUUCAAAGUAACCCAUGUGCAGGAUGUCAAAACCAUGGCAGUUAUUCCUGUCACACCUGCUGCUUUAGAUGACUUCCAAACAUUCGACCUGGAACCGACCCUCUUUUCACUGUUGGCAGGACCACCCGGACUUAAGGGAGAACCAGGACCUCCGGGCUUUCAAGGACUUCCAGGAUUACCAGGAAAACCAGGGAAGCGAGGUCCACGGGGACCCAUCGGCUCACACGGAAACCCUGGUCAACCAGGACCACCAGGAUUUAAGGGAGAAAAAGGUGAUCCUGGUCUGACUCUUGGCCAAGCCCCAAAAGGACAAAAAGGAGAACUUGGUGUCAAAGGCCCUGCUGGACCACCUGGACAACAUGGCCGAAAGGGACAAAGAGGUCACCCUGGUCCCGCUGGUCUGCCUGGUGAACCUGGCCAACGGGGAGCAGACGGAAGUCCCGGGGUCAAAGGUUAUCCUGGCAGGCAGGGUUUACCUGGACCUAUAGGUGAUGUAGGGCCAAUGGGAGUCAAGGGGCUCAUCGGCAUCCCCGGGCUAUUUGGCCUACCCGGUCCUGAUGGCGAGAGAGGAAUUCCGGGCGUUCAUGGGAAGAAGGGCGAGAUGGGUAGGCCGGGAUUUCCUGGCGAUUUUGGAGAGAGAGGACCCCCUGGCCCUGAUGGAAACCCUGGUGACCUUGGAGCUGCUGGUCCACACGGAGUUCAUGGUGUUUUUGGCGAAAUGGGUCCUGCUGGCAUUAUGGGUUUACCAGGACCUCCAGGACUCAAGGGUGUGUCAGGAAACACCGGUGAACCAGGACUGAAAGGUGAUAAGGGGGACGUUGGCUUGCCAGGAGAACCAGGAGAGGGGGGCUUCAAAGGGGACAAGGGCAUCCAGGGGUCACCUGGUGUGCCAGGACCAACUGGAAGUACCGGACUACAGGGUCAAACUGGUGAUAAAGGCCUCGAUGGUUCAUCCGGCCCUCCUGGCUUAGAGGGUUUCCCAGGUGACAUUGGCACGCCGGGUCAAAACGGGCCAGAGGGACCAAAGGGGAGACAUGGCACACGAGGGUUUCCUGGUCCACAGGGAGCACCUGGACCCAAUGGUGAUGAGGGGCCGGUCGGGCCAGCUGGGCCAGCAGGAAUUGAGGGUAGGCCUGGGAGGCAAGGAUUCCCUGGACUUACUGGCCUGGAGGGACUCAAGGGUGAGACUGGGCUAACCGGAGAGGUCGGGAAUGUUGGCGAGAGGGGUUUGCCCGGCUUCGUCGGGACUGCUGGAGAGACGGGACUUGCAGGAGAAAUGGGAGAUCGUGGGAAAACGGGCACUCCCGGACCUCCAGGGGAAUCGGGGCCCAUGGGUCACACCGGAAUACCUGGAGAGACAGGACUUCCUGGGACCGAAGGAAUUCCAGGUCCUCCUGGAUUGAGGGGAUCAGGUGGCAUGAGAGGACCUAAAGGCGUGAAGGGUCCGAGAGGUCCAGAUGGUACAGUGGGGGAAGAUGGCGCUGAAGGACUUAAGGGCCCUGAUGGCCCGCCAGGAAAGUCAGGCCUCCCUGGUGAUGAGGGAAAGCUUGGUGAGUCUGGUGAAGCUGGCAUGAAUGGAUUUCCAGGGGUACAAGGACACUCUGGCCCUCCAGGGGACAAAGGACUUGCUGGGGACACGGGAGCUGCGGGGCCUCUAGGAUUGGGCGGGCCGAUCGGCGAGAUGGGACCCUUGGGCCCCCCUGGGAAAGCUGGGGAUGGAGGACUGUCUGGUGAGCCUGGAGAAAAGGGCGACAUUGGUCCACCUGGCAACAUUGGAGAGCAAGGCUUGAUUGGCCAGAGAGGUGAGCAAGGCAUCGAUGGUGAAGCUGGACAAAAUGGACCGGAUGGCCUUAAGGGCGAGAAAGGGGAUGCCGGCGUUGAGGGUGCUAAGGGAGACCUAGGUGAAACGGGCCAGAAAGGAGAGGAAGGACCCUGUGGCCCUCCUGGGCUGUCGGGCGUGACGGGUCAAGAGGGUAAACCGGGCAAAAUUGGAGAAAGAGGAAAAGCAGGAGGAAAGGGGACCAAAGGACACCAAGGUCACCUGGGUGAGUCCGGGCCAAUAGGCGAGCAGGGAGCACCAGGAUUUGUUGGGCUGAAAGGAGCCAGAGGAACCAUAGGCCCACUGGGAGCUCCUGGAAGAAUGGGCCAGCUGGGAGACCCGGGAAUACCAGGCUAUGAGGGUCACAAAGGACUGCAAGGCUCCCAAGGACCACCUGGACCAAAAGGUGAAAAGGGUGAACAAGGGGAAGACAGUAAAGUGGAAGGCCCACCCGGUCGCCAAGGUGACAGAGGUCCUCCUGGUAACAGAGGUGGGAGAGGAGAAGCAGGUGACCCCGGACACAUUGGUCCAGUAGGUUUUGACGGAGAGAGAGGCAAAGCCGGUGCCACAGGACUUCCUGGAAAUCCUGGACCCAGAGGACAACAAGGACCAAAAGGAUCCAAAGGUGAACAAGGUCAGAAAGGAAAAUCUGGGGCGAGAGGAACAUCUGGGACCAAAGGACCACCGGGUCCAGAAGGUCCCCCUGGCCUACGAGGUGUAACAGGAAGGGAGGGUCUCGAGGGUCUUGAUGGAUUGGAUGGACCGCCUGGUAAAGAUGGAGGCAAAGGCACCAAGGGGGAGCAGGGAGAAGAUGGAGAAUCAGGCCUCACGGGGAAACAUGGGCUGCAGGGUAAAACUGGUGAGACAGGUCUCCCUGGAUCUCAAGGUUCUUUUGGACCAAAAGGUGAAAAAGGUCUCUUGGGACAAACCGGACCCACAGGAAUGAGAGGGACCCUCGGUGGCACGGGGUUGAUGGGAAAUCAAGGAGUGAAGGGCUCCAAAGGGCAACCAGGUGACAUUGGUGAACAAGGAUUUCCAGGAUUUUUAGGUCUUUUUGGACCAAAGGGACCCCAAGGAGACAUGGGCCCCCCGGGGAUACAGGGACCAAAAGGACCACGAGGAUUGGUGGGUACGAAUGGAGCUUUGGGCCCUGUCGGCAUCAUCGGCCCCAGUGGCCAUCGUGGACUACAAGGGGACAAAGGAAGCCGGGGCAACAUGGGCUUUCCAGGACCAAGGGGAUCUCCCGGUCCACGUGGACCACCGGGACCCCCAGGUCACACCACUUCCACCCAUUCUCAUGAAAAUGAGGCGCUCGGUGCUUCUUUUCAAAUCACCGUUGAUUCUUAUGCUCCACCACAGCCGAAUUACCACGAUGUGGACCUUCCCAUGCUGGACCAGGGCACAGAGAUCUUCAAGACAUUGGAGCGUCUCAGCUCUCUAAUCCACAGUCUCAAGAACCCGCUGGGGAAGCGCAACAAUCCAGCCCGCAUCUGCCGAGAUCUCCACAACUGUGAGCAAAGGAUGCAUGAUGGCACUUACUGGAUCGACCCGAAUCUGGGUUGCGAUGCUGACACCAUCGAGGUGACAUGCAACUUCACUGCCGGAGGACAGACAUGCUUGAAACCUGUCAGCGUCUCCAAGGUGGAGAUGGCCGUCGGUCGCAUCCAGAUGAACUUCCUCCACCUUUUGAGCACUGAGGCCGUGCAACACAUCACCGUCCACUGCCUCAACACGCUUGUGUGGGCGGCGGGACCCUCUUUGGAGUUCUAUAGCCAGGCUGUGAGCUUCACGACCUGGACAGGGGAGAAGAUACGAGCAGGCGAUCUCCUGGAACCGCUUGUGCCCAGAGACGACUGCUGGAUCAAAGAUGGCCGCUGGCGUCAGACCAAGUUUGUGUUUCAGACUCAGGAGCCAAAUUUACUCCCCAUCGUGGAUAUAUCCAACCUCCCAACCAAAGAACCUGGAUCACGUUAUCACCUCGAGGUUGGACCUGUGUGCUUCUUAUAGAGCUCGGUAAAGCGGAGUCCUGACCUCCAGAGUGGGAUAACUUCACGGACAGUCUUGGACUGCGAGAACCCCCCCAAUUACUCUCCAGAAACUAUGCUUGGACUGCAGGAACAGAGGCGGGAACAUUUAGGACUUCUGGCACUGAUCCGCCUUUGGAAUAAAAUGACUACGUUUCCUCUCCGGUGACUUGAAACAAGCUUCGAAUUGCCCAAAUGGAGGGAAAACCAUAUGAACAUUUCAUUGUUUUGGCUCGAUCAAACUCUCUGGUUGUACAGAAAUAAUGAAGGUACAUUUAUAUAUGUGAUCAUGUCUUAUUUAUAACUGUAUAUGUACUGUAUAUUGUAAUAUAAAGUGCAAUAGCCGUGUAAUAACGUGUGCAUCACAUCGCUCAUUCAGGUCAUGCGAGUCCAUUGCAAAGUCAUUCAGAUGUCUUCGCACAAGCACGUGUGAAGAUACUACCUCGUACAUACAGUAUAGCGCCUGUGAGCGGUACACAUUGGCUACACUCACUGGUCACAACAUGAGGUACACUUGCACAAUCUUAUGUGAGCAAAACUCCGCCUCUAGAAUGCCGCUCUCGGGACGUUGUACUGAAGUUCUACAUCAAUGCAAAAUUGCAACCACGAUAAUAAACAUUUUGUUCCAGUUGGGCUCAAGCUGAAUAUUAUCUUUGUAAAAGGAAAAUGUUUCAUGCAGUAUUCUCAUUUGAUCAACGCUUGUAAUGUUUGUCAAAUUACCAUUAAUUAGUUUCAUUUUUUUAGACUGGUAAAUCAAAAUGUACACUUUAAAAUGAACAAUUUUACAUACAUUUUUUAAUUGUAUAAUUAAUUAAUUACAAUUACAUUGGGCGGCACGGUGGAUGAGCUGGUAAAGUGUUGGCCUCACAGUUCUGAGGUCACGGGUUCAACCCCGGAUCCGCCUGUGUGGUGUUUGCAUGUUCUCUCCAUGCCCACGUGGGUUUUCUCCAAGCACUCCGGUUUCCUCCCACAUUCCCCAAAAUAACAUGCAACAUUAAUUGGACAUUCUAAAUUGCCCAUAGGGUUGAUUGUGAGGGUGGCUGUUUUGUCUUCAUGUGCCCUGCGAUUGGCUGACAACCAGUUCAGGGUGUACCCCACCUCCUGCCCGUUGACAGCUGGGAUAAGCUCCAGCACGCCCCGCAACCCUCGUGAGGAUAAGCGGCGAAGAAAAUGGAUGGAUGGGCAAUUACAUUGAUUUUAAAUAAUACAAGAAAUUCAUUUAUGACCUGCAUGAGAUUGUGCAGGUGUGCCUAACUUGGUGUUGCAAGUGUUCGGUACUCAGUGGGAAUACUGCGCAAUAUACACUCACACUGGGCACACUCACGUCAAUAAAUAUGAUUUUUUUUAAAACCACAGAACAGUAAUCAUUUCUGUAUUUUGUAAGUUUAAAUUCUUCUUUUAGCGAUGGAAUAAGUCAGCCAUUUAA